CACUGUGCAGUAUAUUGAUUGACGUCAGGUAUCUGGAACGGUGAUAACAUAAUUCGUCAAGGCAGUUUGAGCAGUGCACCGUUGUCUUGCGCGGGUAACAACAGAAUUGGCGGAGGGGAAACGAGCGAAGGCUGAGCAGAGUGUCCAGGACGGCUGACACCACGUCGUGCUGGGCUAAGACAGACGCGACAGGGACGCCCCUUUUUCUGGGGCUAGUCUCUCUCUCUCUCUUUCAGGGGAGUGAUAUACUGGGUGGCCUUGACAUCACGAUGGCACUAUCUGCUCAUGCGCACGGCGCGCUUAGGCAAAUGCUAGCACGCCCGCCAGGUACACGAUGUCUUGCACCCAAAUCGUGCUCGCAUACGGCAUUGCGACCAUUACGGAGAGCAUCAACGGGGCCUCCUAGACGCACUGCAUCAAAACCUAUGCCCGGUAAACCCAAGCCGCUUCCCUUUAGAUCCACAUCCUCGUCCAAAGACCCAGGACCCUCAUCGCCAUCACCAAGACCGAAUCCAGAACAUGAUGGUGCCGGCUUCAGCAGUGGCGCCCCACCCCCCAGAAAGUUUAGCAUAGCCGAGCUGGUCCGUACGCGCUGGAUAGCCCUCUUCGGCGCCGGCGCCGCGGCUCUCUGUCUCGGCUCGUUCACAGCUUCGUUUGUCUGGCUGAACAGCAGCCCGGCGCCCAUCUACUGUACGGGGCACGAGCCCGCCGUCCCCACAGGCCGCCCGGGCAUCCAGUCGCCCCUCGAGUUUGACCUGCACCUCGACAAGUCGGAGCACAGGUAUGGGAUCACCAAGCUUCGUCGCGAGCUGGGCGCGGAGGCCAAGGGCCACGUGCUCGAGGUCGCCGUUGGUACGGGCAGAAACCUCGAGUUCUACGACUGGGGAAAGCUGAUCGAGAGGUUUGUGUCCAGGGGAGAAAGGAACAAGGAUCUGCUCGAGAAGAGCGGAUGGGGGCGCGGCAAGAUCGAGGAUGUGCGGGAGAUGGAGAGCUUCACGGCCAUGGACGUCAGCGAGAGUAUGCUAGAUAUCGGACUUAAGCGGUUGAGGUCGGUGGUCCCGCACGGAUCGGAGAUGUUGCCGGCGAAGAAGCCGAUAUUUGCGGAUCUAGCCAAGGAUGAGGACGGAAGGUGGUGUCUAAGUUUGCUGGACGGAAAGGUGAGGAUACUGAAGGGCGACGCGCAGGAUGACCUGCCGAGGCCCAGGGUGUUGGAUGGCAGCAAGUACGAUACAGUGAUCCAGACUUUCGGCCUCUGCAGUGUGCGAGACCCGACGAAACUCCUCGAGAACAUGGCAGGCGUCGUGCGGCCGGAGACGGGACGCAUCAUACUGCUAGAGCAUGGGCGUAGCUGGUGGGAUCUAGUAAACGGGCUUUUGGAUCGUAGUGCCAAGGGCCAUUUUGAGAGAUUUGGGUGCUGGUGGAAUCGGGACAUCGAGAUGAUCGUCGAGGAUGCGCAGCGGAAGAUUCCAGGUCUCGAGGUUGUGGAGAUGAAAAGGCCCGGGUGGUUCAAGUUUGGGACGCAUUUCUGGAUCGAGCUCAGAGUGAGAGACGUGCAAGACGGAAAGGGGCAGAAGCCAGCCAAAGCGGUGCAUGAGUACGGCGAAGGUCGAUCAAGCUGGUGGGAUCCGGGCUCGUCUAUAUUGACACCAAAGCCUAAAGAUAUUGACGGAAAGAAGAAUUAAAUCUUGGUCUCGUAUUUACGAGAGGCUGUAUAAAAUCAUGUACUGUAAAGAAUGACAAGUGUGUUACGAUAAUUCUAUGUAC